AUGUUCUCCUGUUUUGUUUGGCUCUCCCUCCCCUACUUCGUGAACACCUUCCCGACCUCAGGAAAGUUCCCCCUCAACGGAAGUCUUGAGGAGAUGUUGGAAAUCCCAAACAUCUCGGGGUUCUUUCCAUGGGAUAACGACACGCUGGCCGACUGGCAGAGCUUUGUGGGCAGGAGCCGGCACGGAGCAGACUCGCAGCAUGUGGUGGCCAAAGCUCUGCUCAUCGCGGCGUAUUCCAUCAUCAUCAUCUUCUCCCUCUUCGGCAACGUCCUGGUCUGCCACGUCAUCAUCAAGAGCAAACGCCUGCGUUCUGCCACCAGUCUGUUCAUUGUCAACCUGGCCGUGGCUGACAUCAUGAUCACGCUUCUCAACACGCCUUUUACACUGGCUCGUUUUGUGAACAGCACGUGGAUAUUUGGGAAGGGGAUGUGCCAUGUCAGUAGGUUCGCGCAGUACUGCUCGCUCCACGUUUCUGCUCUGACCCUCACAGCCAUUGCCGUGGACAGGCACCAGGUCAUAAUGCACCCUCUGAAACCUCGCUUACCUAUGGCAAAAGGCAUUAUCUACAUCUCUGUAAUUUGGGUCAUGGCAGCUUGUUUUUCCCUCCCACAUGCUAUCUACCAAAAACUCUUUACUUUUGAAUACAGUGAGGAAGUCACUCGGUGCCUGUGCAUCCCAGACUUCCCUGAGCCAGCUGACCUCUUCUGGAAGUACCUCGACUUAACGACCUUCGUUUUGCUCUACGUCCUGCCCCUGCUGAUCAUCUCCGCUGCCUACACGACAGUGGCCAAGAAGCUCUGGCUGCGCAAUGUCAUUGGGGAUGUCACCACCGAGCAGUACUUCGCCCUUCGCAAAAAGAAUAAGAAGACUAUAAAGAUGUUGAUGCUCGUUGUCAUCCUCUUUGCCAUCUGCUGGUUUCCCUUAAAUUGCUACGUCGUCCUGCUCUCCAGCCAAACCAUCCGCUCCAACAAUGCCCUUUACUUCGCCUUUCACUGGCUUGCAAUGAGCAGCACCUGCUACAACCCCUUCAUCUACUGCUGGCUUAAUGACAGCUUCCGGGCAGAACUGAAGGCUUUGCUCAACAUCUGCAGAAAACCUCCGAGCCUUGCAGAACAGAGGCUUCCCUCCACGGUCCCUUCCUACCGAAUGGUGUGGCCUGAAAACAGCCUCUUCAAGAGGCUGCAGGUCUCUCAUGUCCCUGCCUCAGCCUCCAUCAGCCACUUAGGAAAGAUGGACAUCUCUGCAGUUGAGCCCAUAGUAGCUGCGAGCUAA